AUGAAUACGGUCAAGGAGAUCAACAGGAUCAACGAAAGAGAGCUGGAACUGGGAGUAAAAGGCUCGUGGCAUGAUGAAUACAAAGACUCGGCGUAUAUAUAUAUCGGCGGACUGGCAUUCGAAUUGACAGAAGGCGAUGUAAUCGCCAUCUUCUCGCAAUUCGGCGAGAUCAUGGACUGCAACCUCAUCCGCGACAAAGAAACCGGCAAAUCCCGCGGAUUCUGUUUCUUGAUGUAUGAAGACCAGCGAAGCACGGUGUUGGCUGUUGAUAAUAUGAAUGGAGCUCAGGUUGUCGGGCGUACGCUUCGAGUGGACCAUACGAAGAAUUACAAGCAGCCUGGAAAGAGGAAUGAAGAAGGAGAGUAUGAAGAGCCGGAAGGACCGGUCUAUAAUGCUAUGCCUCCUAUCCUGUCUGACUCGGACGACUCGUCAGAAGAAGAGGAAGCUCAAGACUCGUUGGACGAAGAAGACCCCAUGGCCGCCUUCAUCCGUGCUGAAAAGAAGGCACAAAAAGCGCUCAAGGGCAAGGGCAAAGAUGGAAAGAAGAGGAAACAUGAGGGAGAGAGCAAAGAAGAGCGUCGGGCGAGGAAGGAGGCCAAGCGGGCGAAAAAGGAAGGAAAGGGCAAGAAAUCUGGUCAUAAAGAGAGGGGUGAUGAGAGGGAGGACAAGAAGGGUGGGAGGGAAGAGAGGGGAGGCAAGCGGGAGGACGACGGGUUUUGGUCGAAAGGAGCUGCUGCGGAUGACUGGCGUCAAGGCCGGUGGGAGCUCGAACGAGAGGAGCGAAAUGGUGGUUCCCGGGCUCGAGGCGACGAGCCUCCGUCUCGAAGCCAUGGUCGCGAGCCAGAAAGGGAUGAGCGUGACAGGAGGCCGGAAAGAGAUGAGCGGGAUAGACGCGAUGAGCGUGAGCGUGACAGUAGGCAUGGUCGGGACGAUGGGCACAGAAGAGAUGACGGGGAUAGAUACAGGGACGAAAGGCGGUAUGACAGGAGGUGA